AUGCUGUGUUUGCAGAUGAAGUCCUGUGGAACGAUCCUGUUUAAAGUCAUUCCUGAUGCAGCGCAGAGCAGCGGGAACAGCCAGAAGACGGUGUUCAUGAAGGCGAUGGUGGACUACUGCCCCCUGCUGGACACCUGCAGCCCCUGCCCCCCUGCAGGCAUGAUGUUCAGCAGAGGAGAGCUGCUGCAGGUCGUGGAUCAGAGCGACGCCAGGUGGUGGCAGGCUAGGAAGAUAAUCUCCUCCCCCAUGAAGAUAAGCUCCUCCCCCUCUUCUUCCUCCACCUGCGCUGGGAUCAUCCCCUCCGCUAGCAUGCUCCGGAGUAAGCAGAGGGAGAAUUGGUGGUCUCAGCCCCUUCAGGUUCACACCUGCAUCAAACCCCUGACCGUGGGAGGAAACGCUGAUAACAUUCAAACACCUGCUGAUGAAAACUGUCCGGCAACAGACGAGGCGGACUCUGAAGUCACCGAUGGGAUUUACCUCGCUGGUUUCCGGCGUAGUUUCCGUCUGUGGAGGCGCACGUCAUACAGAAGGAGGCGUCAGUCCUGCAGCUCCUGCUCCCCCGACACCAGCACCCUCUGCCCCCCCUACGAGGAGGUGGCUCUGUACCAGCGCCCCCCCCAGGAGAACCACCGCCUCAUCAUCCUGCUCGGUGCGACCCGGGUUGGAGUGAAUGAACUGAGGAAGAAUCUGAUCAAACUGAACCCGUCCAGCUUCCAGAGUCCCGUCCCUCACACCACUCGUCCAAUGAGAGCGGGAGAGCAAACAGGAAGAGAAUAUCACUUCAUCACCAGAGAGCUGUUCGAGUACAUGGUCUGUAACCACAGGUUUGUAGAGUACGGAGAGUUUAAAGGUCAGCUCUACGGGACGAGCACCGACUCCAUCGACGAUGUCCUGAGACGAGGACGGAUGUGCAUCAUCGACGUGGAACCACACAGCAUCCAGCCGCUGCGCUCAAAGAAGUUGAAGCCGUUCGUGAUCUUCAUCAAACCUCCGGCCGCCGACCGGCUCAGAGAAACUCGGAGAAACGCCCGAAUCCUGUUGAGCUGCAGAGAGACACGAGAGUUCAGGGAGGAGGACUUUGUGAAUCUGGAGGAAACGUCCCGUCUGAUCGAAGAAAAAUACAAACAGUUCUUCGACUUCACGCUGGAGAACAACGAGCUGCAAGAAUCCUGCAGGAAACUCUACUCCAUCAUAAAGGAGGCGCAGGAGGAGGAGCAGUGGAUACCAGUCAGCUGGAGCAGAGAGGAGGAGUGAGGAAGAGGAAAUGAUUGUAAUAUUUUGAUGUUUAUGACACAUCAUAUUUAUAUAACGCUUGUUCCGGUGCUCAGAGAAGCUUCAAACAAAUCUGAAAGCAAAAAGAUAAGUUGCAUUAUUUGGGGCAAAACAUACAUUUUUAGAUUUUUAAGAUGUGUUCAUUUUGAAACAAUAAUAUUUGGGGGGAAAUGUGUAAUAUUCAGAUUUGAAUAUGUGGUUACAUCUGAAGAAUAGCAGUUGUCAUAUUUGUAGGGAACAUUGUAAUAAUUGGAAAAGAUGAGUUGUGAUGUUUUGAUCUAAAAAGAAAAGUAUUUAAAUGAAAAAAGUCGUUAUAUUUGUGGGAAAAAUGGGAAUACGGGUUUAUCUAGAAAAGUAAACAUGUAUGAGUGUGUUUUAUGUAUUCAAAUGUAUUUUUGUA